GAGGCCAGGGGUAACAAAGCCUCCGCACAUCAAAGCGCAGUGCAACAACGCCCUUGCAUUGAGUUCCUAUUGAACAUUCCUUAAAAGAAGACCACUUCAAGAAGGCAAGACAAAAACUGAUUGCAAUGUCUAAUCGUAGCACUAACUCGUCAGAGCUUGAUUUUAAGCCUUACUCUGUCGGCAUAGUCGACGUUGCGUUCGCAGUUCCGUUUGCCGUGAACAUGAUAUUCGGGGUAACUGGCAACGUACUAGUGGUUCUUGUGGUUCGCCGGAAUCGCGCCAUGCACACCGUAACGAACUUUCUCCUGGUUAACCUCGCGCUCGGAGAUAUGCUUGUUCUCAUUUGUAAUCCUCGAUGGCACAGUUUCGUUGUUACCCCGGUUCAUCCUCACGGGGCAUUGGGAAAUGCUCUUUGUGUGUUUUACACAGGGAACGCCAUUGUUACUAUUCCAUGCGCGGCGACCAUUUUCACUCUGGUAGUUUUAGCGGUUGAGAGAUACAACGCGCUUGUGAAUGCUUUGCGCCGUUGGAGGCUAACUCCCGAGACUUGCCCGUACGUAUUGAUAGCCAUUUGGGUCCUCGCCCUCGCCAUCAGUAUCCCAGACUUUUUGUACAACUACUUCAGCGAGAAGUACAACAAGUGCCUGUACCUACUGAGUCUAGAGCUUGCUACUGAACUGUCGUUUGAGAUUAUCGCAACCGUGACGACUGUAGGCUUUCUUCCUCUUACUAUUAUUUCAUUCUGCUAUUUUCACAUCCUCAAAGGCGUGUACGUAACGAAUACGAUUUUCUCUGAGCAAAGUGCUAUUGAUGAUAAUCUGGCAAAGAAAAAGCUCGCGAAGAUGUGUCUUUCUGUUACCGCAGUGUUUUUCCUUUGCUACAUCUCGUACGGGAUAUACUUUGUUUUUAUUGCUGCGUCAAGUCGAGAGGUGCUGAUAGCGAAUCAAUACAAGUUUGAAGUUAUUAAAAGGGCCCUUGAGUUUUGUUUUACGUUGUCCUCCAGUCUAAACCCGAUGAUCUACGCCUUUCAGAGCUCAAGCUAUCGUGAAGGGUUUCGGAAAGUCGUGAAGUGGAAAAGGGAAAUUGCCCCAUUAAACGUUAUAAGCCGCUUUCGAUCCUAAGAACCGCACUAACAGCAAAACAUCACAGAUGGCUACUGGUGAUCCAAACAGCUAGACAUUGCACAGCAGAACAUGGCAGAAGGCUACUAGCUAUCAAAACAACUAGACGCAGAACAUGGCAGAAGGCUACUAGCUAUUAAAACAACUAGACGCAGAACAUGGCAGAAGGGUACUAGCUAUCAAAGCAACUAGACGCAGA